UUACUCACAUUUGCCACACACUCACAAACACGUUGGUUCUUGAGGCAGUUUGGCAGCUGUCAUGGACCACAUUAAAGAUGGAUGGUUUACGGAGUCGUGCGCGUUAUGGCCGGGUCAAGCAAUGAGCCUGCAGGUGGAGGAGGUCCUCUACCACAAGAAAUCAAAAUUCCAGGAUGUUAUGGUUUUCAAGAGUAAAACCUAUGGGAAUGUGUUGGUGCUGGAUGGAGUGAUCCAGUGCACAGAGAGGGAUGAGUUUGCCUAUCAAGAAAUGAUUGCCAACCUUCCCCUGUGCAGUCAUCCUUGUCCCAAGAAGGUGCUCAUUAUUGGCGGCGGAGACGGCGGCGUGGUGAGGGAAGUGGUGAAGAAUCCUCUGGUGGAAUCUGUGGUUCUGUGUGAGAUCGAUGAGGAUGUCAUUAACGUAUCGAAGAAGUUCCUCCCCGGACUGGCCAAAGGGUUCUUCAAUCCCAAACUCACCCUCCAUAUUGGAGACGGCUUUGAAUUCAUGAAGCAGAACCAGGAGGCCUUCGACAUCAUUAUAACGGAUUCCUCAGACCCAGUUGGACCCGCUGAGAGUUUGUUCAAGGAGUCUUACUAUCAGCUGAUGAAGACGGCACUGACAACCGGUGGAAUCCUUUGUUCCCAAGGAGAGUCUCAGUGGCUCCAUUUGGAGCUGAUAAAGGAGAUGCGAACCUUCUGCAAGACCCUAUUCCCUGUGGUGGACUACGCCUACACCACCAUCCCAACAUAUCCCAGCGGCCAAAUUGGAUUCAUGCUCUGCAGUAAAAAUGCUGAAACAAAUUUCAAGGAACCAGUGAAAGCUCUGUCAAAAGAAGAAAUAGAAACUAUGAACCUUAAAUAUUACAACCCUGAAAUUCACAAAGCAUCGUUCAUCCUCCCCGAGUUUGCAAGGAAAGUACUCAGCGAAGCAUGACCAGCAACAACGACACACCGUCAUGUUCGUCCUCCACCCGGCCCUCAGACAACAGACAGCCAGCUCCGUUCUGCAGGUUCUCCUCAACACAGAGCACCAUCUCCCAAAUCCGCCGGUUCUCACCGAGUCAUUCAGUGAAAACGUUAAGUUCAAUUCAGCGUUUCCUUUCUCCAGUCUUAACACGCUCUUUGUGACGUAUUUGAUUUAUCAUUUCCUCCCCCCCCUUUUAAUUGUGUUAAUCACCAUCUUGUGAGCAGCAGUUUGAUGGGCUGGGGGGGCGGGGCUGAGCUGGAAGAGCAUUGUCAUCAAACCUGACCUCACUCUGAAACAGUGUACUGUUUAUAUGAUUUACUGUAUCCACACAUUUUGCAAUAUAUUACAUAUAUACACACACUGUAUAUCUGUAAUGUGUUGCUGCACAUUUAUUCGUGAUGUUAAAUAUCAGUUCGUGCUCACUGGAAAGUACGCAGAAGCCAUCUGUCAUGGCUGCAUACUCAGAAUAUUCUUGUUUCCACUACACAUGGACCCUAUAGUGCCUGAAGUAGGUUGUGUGUUGUUGAAAAAUAAAAUAUAUACUGUACCUAUCGUAAGAUACUGUCCUAGAGGAAAGAGAUGAGGGGGAUAAUCCCUUUAAAAUUUUGAUGACUUUAUAUGAAAGCAGCCUGGGAGACUAAAAUAUUAAAAGCAUUAAAAGGAAAAUAAAGGAAAAAGAAAAAUCAGUGUAUUUGGAAAUCUGCAAUGCAAGACAUUUUUUUUUUAAAGAUGUUGAUUCAUUAUGCAAUUAGAACUUCCAAUAUUGGGUAUUGACUGCAGGUAGUGAACUCAUACUGUAUUAGGCCUGUAUUCUAAUAAGUCUUAUUGCCGGAUGCAGUUAAUUCCUCUCCCAGUGGAAAUCUAAUGUUUCAGUGCGGUGUAUUCGUUUGUUGAGCUUAUGUCAAACACAGAAUCUUACUACCUGUUUGUUAGUUCAAUCCACAUCAAGUUUUUGUUGAGACGUAAAGUCAUACAUGGAGGAAUUUGUGUUUUUAUAAGAAUUAAGAACUGUAAUAAAUUGGUAACACAUAAAAUCAGUUUUUAAAAAUCA